UUGGUAAGAUCACUUGCAUCUAAAGUACAAGACCUGCGUAUCGGUUUAAAAAAAAAAACUAAGUUAAGCAAACUGUACGUCUGCACGUGUUUUCUUCAAAAUAAUGUUUAUAUUUUACCCACGUGAACAAAACGCUGUCUGAUUGGUCGGUUCUGACGAAGGCGGGGCUUCGGUACUGUAUUUCCUUUCCUGAAUCCUGUCAUUAGUCCAAUGCACGGCGGUAGCGCAUAAAAUCAGUGAAUGUUGGAUGGGAACUAUGAGACACUUUUGACUGAAUGUUUGCUUUUCAGCCUUGGAUAUUUUGGAAGAAAAUACGCUGAUUUAAACAAUAAGGCGAUAGCUGCGUUUUAAAAAUAGAUAUAUGCGAAAAAGUAAUCUUAAUACAUAUGUGCAAAGUUUCGCAGUCCAGCGGAUCAACGUGAAAUACGCAGCAUGUUGAAAUAAUGCUUCUUUUAUUAAGACCUUUAUUUUCCAGAUUUGACAGGCAGGUUUCAUUCUGCCAUAUCAUUAUAGUGUUAACCCUAUAGAAUCCACUUAUAGAUAUAAUUAACGCAUAUAAUAUAAAGUGAGGUCGUAUGUUUUAAAGUUGUUCAUUUAUUUAUUUAUCUUGUAUGUAAUAAAAGCUUAAUAUGUAACUAGUUUGCAUUUUGCGCGUUUACAUAGUGGAGCAAGUUUGUAUGGUAGCUUUAUUUAACUCUUCAACCUGUGUUGGAAGAUGAGGGCUGCAGUAAGUUGCAACCUUGUUUUCGCUCUUGUGGACAUUGUGGUCUCCACAGUCUUGUAUGUCCAUGGAUCAGACCUUGAUAUAUUUGCAAAUGAAUUAGAAGACUUUGAUAUACACCGCUGUACACUGGACCUGUGGGCAACGGUUCUCAUACGGGCCAGUCUUAUUUUUGGUGCCUGUAUAGGUGUGUUCUUUAACAGGAGUGAUGGUCCGAGAAGAGUAUCAAACCUGGGCACGCUGGUUUCUCUUGUCUGCCUCACCAAUAUAGUUUAUGCUGUGGCCAAGAUGUUGAUUCUUUCAGAGGAAGGCAAUCUAAUGUACGAUCCAUGGUUCCUGAGUUUGUUCUCCUGGACUUGUUUCUCAGCAAUAGGCACCAUGGUCUUAUGGAAUCAGCUGGCUCAAGCUACAAGUGUUGCAUCUGACAGGAAUGAUAAUGAGGAGAGGGAGAGAUUAAUGGAUAGUGUUGACAGAGAAGAUGAGUAUAGCGAGAAGAGCAAGAAGGCAAAAAAUGAAGAGUCCCAUUCAGGGGCCACUAUUGGCCGUCUGUUGUCGUACUGUAAGAAGGACUCUGCAUUGCUGUCCGUUGCUUUUUUCUGUCUUCUCCUCUCUGCUGUGUGUGAAGCAUUUAUACCAUAUUACACAGGGAAAGCAAUAGAUGGCAUGGUUAUUCAUAAAAACAUUGAUAGUUUUACCAAACCAAUAGUUCUUCUCGCUGUGUUUGCUUUGAUCAGCUCCAUAGCUAGUGGGUUUCGUGGAGGAGUCUUCUCUUUAACAUUUGCUCGGUUGAACAUUCGCCUGCGAAACCUUCUCUUCAGAUCACUAAUGCACCAAGAUAUUGGUUUCUUUGAUGCCAGUCAUACAGGUGAUAUUACCUCUAGACUUACAUCUGACACUACUCAGGUGAGCGAUCUCAUCGCACAGAAUGUGAACAUUUUCCUGCGUAACGUUGUGAAGGCCCUGGGCAUGUUCAUAUUCAUGUUCGGGAUGUCCUGGAAGUUGUCCCUUGUCACCAUGUUGGGCUUCCCAUACAUCGGUGUCGUCUCUAAGCUUUAUGGAGAAUAUUACAAGAAACUCAGCAAAGAAGUUCAGACAGCACUGGCUCAGGCAAAUAAAGUGGCAGAAGAGACGAUAUCAGGCAUGAGGACAGUGCGAAGUUUUGCAAAUGAAGAUGAAGAGUGCGACUUGUACCACAGCAAGCUGCAGGAGAUGUUUAGCCUUAACAAAAAGCAAGCGCUUGCCUACACCUGCUUCAUGUGGUCUAGCUACAUCACUGAGUUCGGCUUAUAUAUAACAAUCCUUUUUUACGGAGGUCACCUAGUUGUGACAAAUCAGAUGACCGGAGGGACCCUUAUUGCUUUUAUAAUCUAUGAUCUGGAGGUCGGAGAGGCCUUCGAGAAUAUAUCAUCAGUGUACACGGGUCUGAUGCAGGGUGUUGGUGCUGCAGAGAAAGUAUUUGAAUAUAUUGACAGGAAACCUGAACAUGCUCUUGAUGGUCAAGAAGCGCCUGAGACAUUCGAAGGACAGGUGGAAUUUAAAAAUGUGACAUUUGCCUAUCCAACAAGACCAGAGAUGGAAAUAUUGAAGAAUGUGUCCUUCAGUCUUCGUCCAGGGCAAAUAACUGCACUGGUAGGGCCCUCUGGUGGUGGCAAGAGUUCAUGUGUCUGUUUGCUGGAGAACUUCUAUGCCCCUCAGCAAGGCCAGGUGCUGGUGGAUGGCCGACCUGUUAACACCUACCAGCACAAAUAUUAUCACUCUCAGGUUGCACUAGUGGGUCAGGAACCUGUUUUGUUUGGCCGCACUGUUCAGAUGAACAUCUCCUAUGGUUUGCCUGAAGCUUCCAUGGAGGCUGUCAUCAGAUCUGCCAUUGAUGCCAAUGUGCAUGACUUCAUAACUGGCCUCUCAAAAGGCUAUGACACCGAGGUCGGUGAGAAAGGUACGCAGCUGUCUGGAGGCCAAAAGCAGAGAGUUGCUGUUGCUCGAGCGCUUAUCAGAAACCCUCGCAUUCUCAUUUUGGAUGAAGCCACCAGUGCUCUAGAUUCAGAAAGCGAAUACAUAGUUCAGCAAGCUUUGAAUAACUUGAUGCGAGAGCACACGGUUUUGGUGAUAGCCCACAGGUUGAGCACAGUAGAGAGAGCAGACAACAUCCUAGUGAUUGACAAAGGUACUGUGGUGGAGCAGGGCCCUCAUGCCGAACUCAUGGCCAAAGGAGGCCUCUACUGUAAGCUUGUUCAUAGGCAGAUUAUGGGGGCUGAAAUGGAGGUAGAGGAUCUUAACCCACCCCCAGCUGCACAAAGAAGUUGAUGAGGAAAGUGAAGAUGACUGCAGUGAUAAAGAGUAUGAAGCACAAUAUUCAGAGGAGGUUGAUAAAUGCUUUAUUUAUAUUUGGUUUAGAGGCUUUAACUCUAAACUGAUAUUUUAUACUGUGUGUUUGGACACUUACAUAGUGUGCUUGUAAAGAAUAAGUUUACUAGACUGGGGUACUACAGUUUUUUAGGCAAUAGUUUCAGGCAAUAAGCACUUGAUAUACUUGAAGUACUGUACAUUUGUUUGCAAAUGUAACUGUCCAAAUAACUUGUUUUGUUAUUAAGCCCAAUUAAAGAAACAAA